CUUUGCGCAUCACAGCCCAACCUGACCUCUUCAUACUUCUUUUGACUCCCGUCACAGCCUGAAAGUAGUAUACUUGGUCUCUCUCUGUUGUAAACGAUUAGAAGUGGCACACGAUAUCCAGCUGUCUCUCAACUAACCCUAGCAAACCUCGACCCAGAUUGUAACAGUCGCGAUGCCUCCAAGCACCAACAUGGUCCCCGAGACACCUCCGGGUAGAGGUAUCUCCUCUCGUCUGUUGACGAUGAAGUUCAUGCAGAGAGCUGCUGCUUCGGAUACUGCGCCGGAACCUUCUCCCGAAGAGCCUUCAUCCAAGCGGCGCAAGUUCCAGAACUCGCCCCUCUCUGGCGACUUUCACUCCUUCGAUCAGACAGCCGUUCAGGCGGCUCUGAAGCAGCAAGAAGCUAAGCGCUUGUCGGCAUUAGAGGCGUCUAGAGCAGAGCUUGCGGACACGCACUGGGUUCUUGAUGGUGGUUGGGGCAAGUCUACCGAGACAGAGAGUGCGCCGCCCAAUAUCGUCUAUGUAGGAUACGCCGACAUUGAUGUUGCCGACGGAGAGGAGGAAGCCACACCCACAGCUCAGGUCGGGAGAAUGAAGAUUGAGAGCAUCAAAAAGAAGGCUACCAAGAAUGCCAAGAAGGAGACACCCAAAAAGACGAAGCACGAGUCGAGCGAUUCCGAUGGCUCUAGCGAAUCCGACGACUCCAGUGAUGGAUCCAGUGACGACGAUGAAGCGCCCUCCUCAAGCGAUGAAGAGGCUUCGACGAAAACACCUCCGAAAGCCGUGAAAGGCCUCGCGUCUGGCGGCCAGGGGCGCACGAGGGUCAAUCUCCAAGCGAAGAAAUCAAGCGAGUCUUUGAAGGCCAAGGAAUUCCGGGAGAAGCGAAUGAAGAAGGAGAUCAAACUGAACAAGCUGGCAUCUAUCUCCGGCGGUGCUACAGGCGGCUUCUCCGGAGCAGGAAAACCGAGCGCGCCCUUCAACUGCCACAACUGCAACAAGCCGGGACACAGGGCUGCCGACUGCCCACAGCGACGAGGAGGCAAACGGAAGUCGUUUGAUAGAUCACGAUGAGCCUCUGUCUUGCGCGCCCUUUCAUUUCGAGAUACCCCCUAUGCCCGGAUCGGGCUUGCUUACCGGUUCUUCUAUUCUUGCUUUGCGAAAUUGGAGCGAGGUUCUUGUCGGCCUUACGACAGGCUCCCGCCUUGUGAGAGAUCACGGAGGAAAUGGGUUAUGGGAUUAAUUGAAGAAUCCUGCUGGACGGAUAUUCGAUCAAUGCGACAUGUAGAUACGUAUUGCCUACCACGCCGGUUUACAAAAGCCCGACAUGGACCGGCCACCUUAAUGGAAAACAAAUGACCAUCAACUA